AUGAAUAAAUUCUUAGUACUUGCUACCCUUUUAGCUUUAGCUGGAUUCGCUACUGCACUCAACUGUGCAACAAAUGCUUCUCCAAGUUCUGAUAGCAGUAAAUGCAAUUGCAACGCUGGAUACUAUGGUACUGAUGCAUCUGCUGGAACUGGUUCAUGCAGUCAAUGUCCUAAUAAUACUUCUUCUACACCUGGUCCAAAUACAGCCGGAGGCGUCAAUCCUUCAGUUUGCAAUAUUUGUGUAGCAGGUUACUAUGUUUCAACUGCUGCAUAAGGUUCAAAUGCUGCUCAAUGUACUUAAUGCAAUGGAAAUUCAACUCCUGCAACUUAAUUAACAACAGCCAGUUCUAAUUAAGGUGCUUGCAAUGCUUGCAUGAUCGGAUAUUACUAUGCCGCUGCUCCUGCAAAUCAAUAAUCUCCCCCCACAUGUACUCAAUGCCCUGCAAAUUCUACAACAAAAUCAAUUUAAGCUUCUACUGGUUUUUGUACCUGCUUUGAUUCAAAUGCUAACCCUUUAAGUUCCACUGUUAAUACUUGUACAUGCAAAUCUGGUUACUAAGGAACUCCAGUUCAAACUGCAGGAGCUAGCUCAACCUAAGGUGUAACAGGUGUAUAUUCCGGUUUAGAAGAGUGCGCUAAUCUUUCUAAUUUAACACUUGAUCUUGAUUACUGUUAAAUUGGCGAUUAAGGAGCAUCAGAUAUAGGUUUUUGUUUAGAAAAGUGCAUUAAUCUCUCAAAUUUGACACUUCAUCUAAGGUCGAAUGAAAUUGGUUCAGAAGGUUCAUCAAACUUAGGUUCUGGUUUAGGAAGGUGUACUAAUCUCUUAAAUUUGAUAGUUCAUCUUGAAUCUAAUUAAAUUGGUGCACAAGGUUCAUCAAGCUUAGGCUCUGCUUUAGGAAAGUGCACUAAUCUCUCUAACUUGAUACUUCUUCUUAGGUAUAAUUAAAUUGGUGCAGGAGCUUCAGAUAUAGGUUCUGGUUUAGCAUAGUGUGCUAAUCUCUCAAAUUUGACACUUGAUUUAAUGUCUAAUUAAAUUGGUGCAGAAGGUGCAUCAGGCUUAGGCUAUGGCUUAGGAGAGUGCAUUAAUCUCUCGAAUUUGAUACUUAAUCUGGAGUCUAAUUAAAUUGGUGCAGAAGGAGCUUUAGGGUUAGGUUCCGGUUUAGGAAAGUGUAUUAAUCUCUCAAAUUUGACACUUGAUCUUAAAUCUAAUUAAAUUGGCGAACAAGGUGCACGAGGCUUAGGUUAUGGUUUAGGAAAAAGCACUAAUCUCUCAAAUUUGACAAUUGAUCUUAAAAUUAAUCAAAUUGGUGCAGUAGGUGCAUCAGGAUUAGGUUCUGGUUUAGGAAAAUGUACUAAUCUCUCAAAUUUGACACUUGAUUUCAUCUCAAAUGAAAUUGGUUCAGAAGGUGCUUUAGGCUUAGGUUCUGGUUUAGGAAAGGGUACUAACCUCUCAAAUUUGAUACUUUAUCUUCAGAAAAAUUAAAUUUGCGAUGAAGGUGCAUCAGGCUUAGGUUUAGGUUUAGGAAAGAGUAUUAAACUCUAAAAUUUGACCCUUGAUCUUUGCUGUAAUUAAAUUGGUGAUUUAGGUGCAUCAACUUUCGGUUCUGGUUUAGGAAAUUGCAGUAAUCUCUCAAAUUUGACAAUUGAUUUAAAUUCUAAUUAAAUUGGUGCAGAAGGUGCAUUAGGCUUAAGUUCUGGGUUAGGAAAGAUUACUAAUCUUUCAAAUUUGAUACUUGAUCUUAGGUCUAAUUAAAUUGGUUCAGAAGGUACAUCAGACUUAGGUUAUUAUUUAGGAAAGUGCUCUAAUCUCUCAAAUUUGAUACUUCAUCUUCACUGCAAUAAAAUUGGCGCAGAAGGUGCAUCCGGCUUAGGUUUUGGUUUAGGAAACUGCACAAAACUCUAAAAUUUGAUACUUAAUCUUGAAUCUAAUUUAAUUGGGGUAGAAGGCGCACAAGGCUUAGGUUCUGGUUUAGGAAAGAGCAGAAACCUCUCAAAUUUAACACUUAAUCUUCUAUACAAUUAAAUUGGUGAUUAAGGUUCAUCAGGUUUACUUUCUGGUUUAGGAAAGUGUACUAAUCUCUCAAAUUUGACAAUUGAUUUUAGGUGUAAUUAAAUUAGUGGAGAAGGUACAUUAGGCUUAGGUUAUGGUUUAGAAAACUGCACUAAUAUCUCAAAUUUGACAAUUGAUCUUAGGUUUAGCUAAAUUGGAGCAGAAGGUGCAUCAUGCUUAGGUCUUGGAUUAGCAAAAUGCACUAAUCUCUCAAAUUUGAUUCUUCAUUUUCAGUUUAAUUAAAUUGGUGCAGAAGGUGCUUCUGGCUUAGGUUCUGCUUUAGGAAAGUGCACUAAUCUCUCAAAUUUGACACUUGAUCUAAGAGGAAGUAAAAUUGGUGCGAUUGGAGCAUCAGGCUUAGGUUCUGGUUUAGGAAAAUGCUCUAAUCUCUCAGAUUUGACUCUAAAUCUUCUCUAAAAUGAAAUUGGAGGUAUUGGUCCAUCAGAUUUAGGUUCUAGUUUAGGAAAGAGCACUACUCUCUCAAAUUUGACAAUUGAUCUUAACUUCAAUUAAAUUGAUGCAGAAGGCGCUUUAGGCUUAGGUUCUGGUUUAGGAAAGUGCACUAAUCUCUCAAAUUUGAAACUUCUUCUUAGGUCAAAUAUAAUUAAUGUAGAAGGUGCAUCAGGCUUAUGUUCUGGUUUAGGAAAUUGCACUAAUCUCUCAAGUUUGACACUUUAUAUUGAUGAAAAUGAAAUCAAUAAUUCAUAAUAAUUGAAAGUAAAAAGCAAGUUUCUAAAAUCAAAAAGAUUAAUUGUCUUGAAAAUGUUAUAUUGA